CCGUAGUCUCUGUGUUCGUGACGUCACUUGACAACACGGCAAGCUUACGUCUCGUCUCCGCGGCCCAAGCAGUCAGACAGACGGCACGGUUUUCACAGCUGUUAGAUACACGCACUGCAACAGACUUGACGGUGAGGAUGGCCGGCAACAAGUACACAGUGCUGCUGCCCACCUACAAUGAGAAGGACAACCUGCCCAUCAUCGUCUGGUUGCUCUGCAAGUACUUUGAUGAGAGUGGGUAUACAUAUGAAAUUAUUGUCAUAGACGAUGGUUCACCUGAUGGGACCCUGGAAGUGGCUAAGAAACUGCAGGACAUCUAUGGAGAGGAGAAAAUAGUUCUGCGGCCAAGAGCAAAGAAGCUUGGCCUUGGCACGGCUUAUAUCCAUGGUAUCAAGCAUGCAACAGGCAACUUUGUUUUCAUCAUGGAUGCAGACUUGUCGCACCAUCCCAAAUUCAUCCCAGAUUUCAUCAAGAAGCAGAAGGAAGGUGACUAUGAUGUGGUGAGUGGGACACGCUACCGAGGUGAUGGUGGUGUGUAUGGCUGGGAUCUAAAGCGCAAAAUAAUUAGCCGAGGAGCCAACUAUGUCACACAGAUUCUGCUCAGACCUGGUGCCUCAGACCUCACUGGAUCCUUCAGGUUGUACCGCAAAGAGGUGUUGCAAAAGCUGGUGGAGUCAUGUGUCAGCAAGGGCUACGUCUUCCAGAUGGAAAUGAUCAUCCGAGCUCGCCAGUUUAGCUACACCAUUGGCGAGGUCCCCAUCAGCUUUGUGGAUCGGGUAUAUGGAGAGAGCAAGCUUGGUGGUGCUGAGAUUGUAGGCUUUUUGAAGGGCCUCCUCUACCUCUUUGCCACAACUUAGGGAAGGCAAGACAACUACUGCAGUCUUCCUACCCACCUGAAUAAGCAUUAGCAUGUUUGUCAUUAUUUAUUGGUCAAGCUAUUGAGUCUCAUCCACUUUAUCUUAUACAGCUUGUGGGCCAGUGCUAGAGCAGUUAAAUCUGAUGACUUAUUGAAAGGAGAAUGUAUUGUUAUUGUUACCAUUUGCUUCUUAGCUUUGUAUUUUUUUUUAUUAUUAUUAUUAUUAUUAUUAUUAUUAUUUUUUUUUUUUUUUUUUUUUUUUUUGUGCAAGUGGAAAUUGCAGGCUCAGCAUCCACCUGAACAAAGGAACAUUUAAGUGUUGAUAUGUAUAUAUUGAUUAACUUCUGACUUUGUAUACCUUCAGCUGAGCAGGCAGUGUGACAUGGUAAUUGCUUGAAGGGAGUGAGUAAGGUAUUACGUAUGUGCUAUUUAUUCACUUACAGUACGAGGAAGGAGGGUUGUAAUUGUCUUUUCUCUUGUAUUCAUGUGAAUUUUAUAUUUAUUGGUUGUUGGAUUGCUUUGUGUUGUGAAUAAUGGGAGUCGGUGAUUUAUUCUGUAUGGUGAGACUUGCUUGCAUCAUCUACUUAAUGUAAAUCAUGGGUAUCAAUUUAAUAUAAUAUUCACCUUCACUAUGACAAAACAAACCCUUUACAUAUGACCAUUACAGUGCCUUAGCCUUUAUAUCUGUGUGUGUGUGUGUGUGUGUGUGUGUGUGUGUGUGUGUGUAAGUACAGAAUCAAUAGCUAUUCUAGUGUUGAUGUACUUGUACCUUGAAUGCCAUGUAAACAUAUUUGUGCUCACUUCCUCUUGGUCAUUGGAAGGAAAUGUUCUUAUCAUUCACUCUAACACUGACCUUCAUGUUAUGUGUUAUUUUUGUAAAGUUCCAUGUAAAAUUUAUAAUACUAUCAAACACAUAUCAUUGUGUUUACUAAUAAAUAGAUGUUCUACUAUAUAGUCUUAUUAUGUGUCAGGGAAUAAGAAAUUAUAUUAGAACUGCAUAGAAAUACAUAUUUAUUUAAGUGUAGUGCCUGUGAUGUUAUGUAGGUCUACAGUGCCAGAGUGAGAAGUGUUAUGUGCAUUUUCACUUGCACAUGGUUGAUAUUCUUCAUUGUGAUACUGAUGACACAAGUCUGAUAAUGUGCAGAGUGAGCACACCAUUAUCUGUUGUACAUUAAACACACCAUUAUCUUUUCGUUGCUUAUAUUUAGUUUUUGUUAUGCAUGGGACAACACAACAUAAUUGAUGUUUAUGCAUUGUACUACUAAAAGCAACUAAAAGAAAUUGAUGUGAGAAUUUGCAAAGAUCUGAAGUGCACCUGGAGUUGUGGGACAGUCAAAGUGCACUAAACUCCAUUUUGACCAUGUUUAUCAUUGUGGGCUGAUAAGUGAGAUGCAGUUUCCUAUCAAUGUCUCAAUCCCUAGGUGCUCUGUUUUAUGGCCCAACCAAGUAAAAUUUUCCUGCUUCAAAACAAAUAAUUAUAUAUUAGUAUCAACGUAAUUUAAAAAAAGAUCAGUGAAGGUAUGACGUGUGGCAGCUCUACGCUUUCUCUUGGAUUUCUGUGAUGAUGUGUGGCACUGGUUCAAGGUUCAUUACCACUAACUAAAGAGGGUCAGGAGAGUAAGGGUGUAUGUUAAAACAGGGAUAUAGCACACUCUAAAAGAGAAUAUCAGAUAUUGCAAGUAACUUAAGGCUAUUGAACAUGUCUUACAUUUGAUGAACUUUUAAGAGGCAACUUGAGUUGUUAUAAUGACCAUUGGAUAAAGGAAAUUUCCAGAUAUAACUAUCUGGCCUUCCCCCAAACUGCUUAUGAUAUGGAGGGUUUCCAUUCAAGAAUUUGUUACUACAGCUUUCCUUAGCAGUUGUGGGAAGGAUUUGUAUUCCACAUAAAAUCUGUUAAGUUUUAUAUAAUAUUUUUUGUACCAGUUUUGUAGCCAGAAAAUUGAAGAAUAAAUUAUUCUUAAUCCUAAAA